CACGAUUGAGCUCAGUCAAGAAUCCUUCUUUUUCUGUAAUUAGUUGGCCUAAUUGCUUCUGGGUUCCGCCUGAAAUAAAUGGGAAGGCAUUCUUGCUGCUACAAGCAGAAGCUGAGGAAAGGCCUUUGGUCUCCUGAGGAAGACGAGAAGCUCUUGAACCACAUUCAUAAGUAUGGCCAUGGAUGCUGGAGCUCUGUUCCUAAACAAGCUGGUUUACAGAGAUGUGGAAAAAGUUGCAGGCUAAGGUGGAUUAAUUACCUGAGGCCUGACCUCAAGCGGGGCACAUUUUCACAGGAAGAGGAAGACCUCAUAAUUGAACUCCAUGCAACCCUGGGCAACAGGUGGUCCCAAAUUGCAGCCCAGUUGCCAGGAAGAACAGAUAACGAGAUCAAGAACUUCUGGAAUUCGAGCAUCAAGAAGAGGCUAAAGCAGAGGGGUAUUGACCACAAUACCCACAAGCCCAUUAUCUCCGAGAGUGAAGAAGACAAAGCGACCACCAUCAGCAACGUGACUUGUGAUUAUGACGAGCUCAACAUCUUCAGCCCAAACUCUGGAACUCCUGCAGCCUACGACGUGCUGCAACCUCAUUUUCCCUUCGACUCCAGGAACUCGUCAUUGCUAUCUAGAGAACUAUUUAUCAACCAAACCCUCUCAACAAACCAUGAGAAUUCCUCAAGUUGGCAAUUGCCCAAUAACCCAACCGGUUUUUCAUUUCCAUUUUCUCAGUUGAGUUACCCUGAAUCAGCCAAUCCAAUUCUUGGCAUGAAUUCUGAAUUCAAUUGCAACACAAUAUCCACAGUGAUUCCUUCGGCUUCGAGAUCAUUCCCUUCAACAAUGAACAAUCUGAAGCCCGCGAUUUAUGAAAAUACUGCUAUUGAUACCAGCCAAUUCUGGGGUUCUGCAAGUGUGAACAGCAGCAAAUUCGCUGGAGAAAGGGGUGCCGGAAUCGACUUUAAGAGAAAUGACUCCAUCUUUGAAGGCAAUUCAUUUUCAGUUUCAGAUAUUAUGCAGGAUAAAGGAACUCAGGAGCCUGCGGACUCCAAGUGGUCUGAGUACUUGGAUGGCUCUUGUCCAGUAUCUGCAGCUCUUCAGAACCAAACUGAACCUCUGUAUGGUUUCUGAGGAGGUGGCUUGAUCCUAACUUCGUGUAAAUUUUCCCAAUGAAUAAAUGAGUGAACAAUGUAAAUGACGAGCAUAUCAAAGAGUGCUUGCUAGUGUAUUAAGUAUGAUCAGUAACAAAUGUGGAGUGGUGGGUGUAAGAUUGGUCCACUGUGAGCUAUUGAAUAGUCUGAGUAUACUUGUAAGUUUGAAUUUCCUUUAUCAAUAUUCUCUACACGGAU